AUGCCAUCAAAAAUAAACAACACCAAGCACGAGAGUAAUCAUUGCCGAAUCAGCAUUUAUCCUAGCCAGCAAGAAGUAUUCGAGUCCCUUUCAUCCAUUUUGCACGAUCUGUUCUGUGAAAGUGCCAAAAACUCCACAAAAAAGGCCAGUUUACCAGCUGGAAGCUGCAGUAACAAUUUUAAGGCAGACUUCUUAAAUUGUGGUCAAAACAAAGUAAAGUUCGACAGGAAGGUGAUUUUAGACUUUGUAUCCUAUGUGUGCAAUUCUGCGAAGCUUAAUGCAGAAUGCUGUUCAUUAAUCUAUAUCUAUAUUAAGCGAUUUUUGGAGAUUACAGAAAUCCCUAUUGGAGAAUCCAACUGAAUGAAGAUUUUGUUCAUUUCUGCAUUGACUUCACAGAAAGUUUUUAGCUCGAACCACUUAGACACUUAUGAAUUCGUCCAGCUGUUUCCUGAAAUGGACGUUGAGACGAUAUGCCUAAUGGAAAUAGAAUUUCUGAAUUUAUUUAGCUGUAAAUAUGAAAUAAACUCAGAGAUCUUUGAAAGACAUUAUAAUGAGCUUAAUAAAAAACAAAGUGCCGGCUGCCUUUGGCUUUAAGAUUAAGAUUAUGCCCUGCAUUUAAAGUCCCUACUUCCUGGACUGCAUACCUCGGUUCUACCCGCAGGGUGGCAUAGCAUAGCCAGGCUAAGCCCUGCCGAAACCCCCGGUUUCUCGGUAAAGGUGAGGUCAAAGGGCAGAUUACUGUCUUAGCUGACCGCCCCAUUUCCAACUUGUGUGUUGCCCAAGUUCACGCCAACACUGCCCUUUUUAUUCGUCAGAUCCGCUCUUGACUGAGUGCCUUAACUGGAAAGACCCCCUUGUCUUGACUUGGUGUCUAACUCGCCUCCCCUCUUUUCGGUCAUCCCGAGAAAGAACUCGGUAGCUUUCGCCAUUCGGGGCAAGUCACAGAAGCAGCUUCAGCAGGUAUGUCGCCCUGCCUCAUUUCGGGCACCGGGGUGAGCGCUGUUGGCAAAAAAAUAGUCACGAGUAUCUGACCAAGGGUUCGGCCGCAAAAACAGCAGUCAUCGCGCUUAGACCUCUUGCUUUUAGGUCUCAAACGUUGCUGGGUCAACUCCUGACUCCAAAAAACCAUGCAGGGAUAUACAUGGGUAACCACCUCUGAGAGGGUGGGUCAGCCCCAUCCUCCAUUUUUAUGUAUAUUGCCCUUUGGCUUUAUAACGUAGAAAUGGUAAAGAGAGCGAUUUAUAGGUCAAAAUGGAUGACGCCAGAUGAAAAUGAUGGGGAUUUAACUAAAUUUGUCUCCAUUUCAAAGAGUACACUUAAUUUGGAUGAGUUAGAAGACAUGUAA